UGCGCCCAGCAGCUCUAACCACGGCUCCGUGCCGCGGCGCUCGGCUCCCCGCUCCUGCCUUCUCCGCGAGUCCUCCGGCCCCAGCCAGCUCGCCAAACCUGGCACCCCCACUGGCACCCACGGCUGGAGCUGCUGCCAGCGCCAGUGCCAGAGCCGCACCGGGCUGCAGCCGUUCGCUGCCGAGAGCUCCCGGCCGCUGUUCCCCGGAGCCCCGCACAGCCUGCCCGGGCCUCUUCCCGCUGCUGGGGUACAGCUGCAGCCUGCCUGCCGGGUUGGUUCGAGGCUUGCUUUGGCUCUGGGCUGGCUCGCUGUGUUUUGGCAUUCCAGGCCUUUGGAACUUCAGUGGGAUCUUGCUGCUGAGUGUGUGGCUGCAGCACGGCCCAGCAGCUGCCUGUCUGCUGGCAGUCCCCAGCAGGGCUGCAUCGAUGCAUUGAUCCCCAUCCGCAUGCGGCUCAGAGCUCACUGCCCGGCAGGGGCACCAAGGCACGGGCACGAGGAGGCUGGUUGGGCCGUUCUGGGAGUUUUCAGCUCUUGGUGCAAGGGCAGUUCAAAGUGCAGCUGCAUGGCAUUGCCAGGCCUGCCCGUGCCAUGGCACCCAGUGCUGCCUGUCACCUGCCGAGCAUAUCUCUUCCUCAGCCACAAGCUGAUCAGGGCUGUCCCCAGCCCUGUUUGUUCCAUGCUGCAGGCAGAAGUGCUGCCAGUCCCCUGUCCACAGCAGCCGUGGCUCCAGCAUGGGCCUCACACCUAUCCUCAAGACCAGGCUUGUGUCUCCCAGGGAUGGAACAAGCCUCAGGCUGCCCCAGCCUGCUUCUCUUCCUGCAGGAUCCGUCCCCAGCUGUCCAAAGAGAAGAUAGAGGGAUGCCACAUCUGCACCUCGGUGACACCUGGCGAGCCCCAGGUGCUGCUGGGGAAGGACAAGGCCUUCACCUAUGACUUUGUCUUUGACCUGGACACAUGGCAGGAGCAGAUCUAUGCAACGUGUGUGGGCAAGCUCAUUGAAGGCUGCUUUGAGGGCUAUAAUGCCACUGUGCUGGCAUAUGGCCAGACUGGUGCAGGGAAGACCUACACCAUGGGCACUGGCUUUGACAUGAACAUCUCUGAGGAGGAGCAGGGCAUCAUCCCGCGGGCCAUCGGGCACCUCUUCAGUGGCAUCGAGGAGCGCAAGCGGGUGGCACGGAGUCAGGGCAUGGAAGCACCUGAGUUCAAAGUCAGUGCCCAGUUUCUGGAGCUCUACAACGAGGAGAUCCUGGACCUGUUUGACAGUGCCCGCGACCCUGACGCACGCCACCGCAAAUCCAACAUCAAAAUCCAUGAGGAUGCCACUGGCAGCAUCUACACCACGGGGGUCACCUCUCGCCUCAUCAGCUCACAGGAUGAGCUGAUCCAGUGCCUAAAGCAGGGAGCUCUGUCCCGCACCACUGCCAGCACCCAGAUGAACGUGCAGAGCUCCCGCUCCCAUGCCAUCUUCACCAUUCACCUGUGCCAGAUGAGAGUGUGCCCCCGCCCAGAGCUGGUGAACGGGGAGGUGCUCAGCCCCCUGGAUGGAGCCCAGCCCACCACAGACUAUGAGACCCUCACAGCCAAGUUUCACUUUGUAGACCUGGCUGGCUCAGAGAGGCUGAAGCGAACAGGUGCCACUGGCGAGAGAGCAAAGGAGGGCAUCUCCAUCAACUGUGGGCUGCUGGCCCUGGGGAACGUCAUCAGUGCCCUCGGAGACCAGAGCAAGAAGGUUGUCCAUGUGCCCUACCGUGACUCCAAGCUCACUCGCCUGCUGCAGGAUUCCCUUGGGGGCAACAGCCAAACCAUCAUGAUUGCCUGUGUGAGCCCAUCUGACCGGGACUUCAUGGAGACCCUGAACACACUCAAGUAUGCCAACCGGGCUCGCAACAUCAAGAACAAGGUGGUGGUGAACCAGGACAAGACAAGUCAGCAGAUCAGUGCCCUGCGGGCAGAGAUUGCCCGCCUGCAGAUGGAGCUGAUGGAGUACAAGGCAGGCAAGCGGGUGAUGCUGGAGGACGGCUCGGAGGGGUACAGCGACCUGUUCCGCGAGAACGCGCUGCUGCAGAAGGAGAACAGUGCCCUCCGCAUGCGCAUCAAGGCCAUGCAGGAGGCCAUCGACGCCAUCAACAGCAGGGUCACGCACCUCAUGAGCCAAGAGGCCAAUCUGAUGCUGGCCAAGGCAGGUGAUGGCAAUGAAGCCAUUGGCACCCUCAUCCAGAACUACAUCCGGGAGAUUGAAGAGCUGAGAACCAAGCUCCUGGAGAGCGAGUCCAUGAACGAGUCCCUGCGCCGCAGCCUCUCGCGGGUCUCUGCCCGGCCGCCCUACGCCACGGGGCUGUCCCCAGCACCAGCCCUGCCUGGGCUCUGCAGCCCAGCGGCGGUGCUGGACACUGAGGCCUCCGACGUCCUCCGGCGGGCCAAGCAGGACCUGGAGCGCCUGAAGAAGAAAGAGAGGAGGCAGCAGAGGAAAAGCCCUGAGAAAGAAGCAUUUAAGAAACGACAGAAACUGCAGCAGGACAAUGGGGAGGAGACAGAUGAGAACGAGGCAGAGGAGGAGGAGGAUGAGGAACAGGAUGAGAGUGGCUGUGAGGAAGAGGAUGGACAUGAUGAUGAAGAUGAGGACUCAGGCAGCGAAGAGAGCCUGGUGGACUCAGACUCAGAUACAGAGGAGAAGGCCGUCAGUUUCCAGGCAGACCUGGCGGAUCUGACUUGUGAGAUCGAGAUCAAGCAGAAGCUGAUUGAUGAGCUGGAGAACAGCCAGCGGCGCCUGCAGACCCUCAAGCAUCAGUACGAGGAGAAGCUGAUCCUGCUGCAAAACAAGAUCCGGGACACACAGCUGGAGCGGGAUCGCGUCCUGCAGAACCUCAGCACCAUGGAGUGCUACACAGAGGAGAAAGCCAACAAGAUCAAAGCGGACUAUGAGAAGCGGCUGAAGGAGAUGAACAGGGACCUGCAGAAGCUGCAGGCAGCCCAGAAGGAGCAUGCCAGGCUGCUCAAGAACCAGUCACGCUACGAGCGCGAGCUGAGGAAGCUGCAGGCAGAGGUGGCUGAAAUGAAGAAGGCCAAGGUUGCACUGAUGAAGCAGAUGCGGGAGGAGCAGCAGCGCAGGCGGCUGGCAGAGACGAAACGCAACCGGGAGAUAGCGCAGCUCAGGAAGGAGCAGCGGCGGCAGGAGUUUCAGAUCCGGGCUCUGGAGUCUCAGAAGCGCCAGCAGGAAAUUGUGUUGCGGAGGAAAACCCAAGAGGUGUCGGCACUGCGCCGCCUGGCCAAGCCCAUGUCGGAGCGGGGCACGGGCAGGCCUGGCCAGAAGGCAGCCAUGCUGGACUCGGGCGCAGAGGUCUCCGCCAGCACCACCUCCUCCGAGCCCGAGUCCGGUGCCCGCUCAGUGUCCAGCAUCGUGCGCCAAUGGAACAGGAAGAUCAACAACUUCCUGGGAGACCCCUCACCCCCUGCCAGUGGAACUCGACCCACCAGGAAGAAGUUCCCCAAGAAGGGAACGAGCCAGACCUUCAAUAAAGCUGCCCGGCUCAAGUGGCAGUCCCUGGAGCGACGAAUCUUCGACAUCGUCAUGCAGAGGAUGACCAUAGUCAACCUGGAGGCUGACAUGGAGCGGCUCAUCAAGAAACGCGAGGAGCUGGCACUGCUGCAGGAAGCGCUGCUGGGCAAGAGGGCGAAGCUGCAGGCAGAGAGCCCCUUGGAACAGAAGGGGCUGCAGGAGCUGAACGAGGAGAUCGAGGUGCUGGGGGCCAACAUCGACUACAUCAAUGACAGCAUUUCUGACUGCCAGGCCACCAUCAUGCAGAUUGAGGAGACCAAGGAGGAGCUGGACUCCACGGACACCUCGGUGGUGAUCAGCUCCUGCUCCCUGGCUGAAGCCCGGCUCCUGUUGGACAACUUCCUGAAGGCCUCUAUUGACAAGGGGCUGCAGGUGGCACAGAAGGAGGCCCAGAUCCGCCUGCUGGAGGGGCGGCUGCGGCAGACAGACGCCAGCAACUCCUCACAGAACCAUGCCCUCCUGGAUGCCCUGCGGGAGAAGGCUGAGUCCCACCCGGAGCUGCAGGCCCUGAUCCACAAUGUCCAGCAAGAGAAUGGCUACACCAGCACAGAUGAGGAGGUCUCGGAGUUCAGCCUGGCUUCAGAUGGGAGCAUCUCCCAGUCUUUCACCAUGAAGGGCUCAGCCAGCCAGGACGACUUCAAGUUCAAGGGAGAGCCCAAGCUGUCAGGGCAGAUGAAGGCAGUGUCAGCUGAGUGUCUAGGACCCACACUGGAUGUCUCCACCAAGAACAUCACCAAGUCCUUGGCAUCCCUCAUGGAGAUCAAAGAGGAUGGGGUCAGUUUCUCCAUCCGAGAUCCGUACUACAAGGAGAAAGUGUCGCGCACCAUCAGCCUGCCCACGCGAGGAAGCACCUUCCCCAGGCAGUCUCGUGGUUCAGACACUUCGCCUCUGACCAGGAGGAAGUCCUAUGACCGUGGGCAGCCUGCCAGGCCUCCAGACGUUGGCUUCACACCUCCCUCCUCCCCACCCACACGACCCCGCAAUGACCGCAACGUUUUCUCUCGUCUGACCAGCAACCAGAGCCAGGGCUCUGCCUUGGACAAGUCUGAUGACAGCGAUUCCUCUGUCUCGGAGGUGCUGAGGGGCAUCAUUAACCCUGUGGGUGGCACCAAGAACGCCCGGACGGCCCCACUGCAGUGCGUCUCUGUGGCAGAGGGACACACCAAGCCUGUACUCUGCCUGGAUGCCACCGACGAGCUGCUCUUCACUGGCUCCAAAGACCGGAGCUGCAAAAUGUGGAACCUGGUGACAGGCCAAGAAAUCGCUUCCCUGAAGGGUCACCCAAACAAUGUGGUUUCCAUCAAGUACUGCAGCCACACGGGGCUGGUGUUCACCGUGUCCACCUCCUACAUCAAGGUCUGGGACAUCCGCGACUCUGCCCGCUGCAUCCGCACUCUCACCUCUUCUGGCCAGGUGAUCUCUGGGGACGCCUGCACCGGAACCAGCAGCCGCACUGUGAGCAGCGUGCAGGGCGAGCACCAGAUCAACCAGAUUGCUCUGAACCCCACUGGCACCAUGCUCUAUGCUGCCACGGGCAACUCCGUCCGCAUCUGGGACCUGAGCAGGCUGCAGCCCGUGGGGAAGCUGAGCGGCCACAUCGGGCCUGUGAUGUGCCUGACAGUGAACCAGACUGGUAGCAACCACGACCUGGUGGUCACAGGCUCCAAGGAUCACUACGUCAAGGUGUUUGAGAUUGCUGAGGGCACAGUGGGCAACAUUGGCCCCACUCACAACUUUGAGCCUCCUCACUAUGAUGGCAUCGAGUGCUUGGCUAUCCAGGGGGACGUCCUCUUCAGUGGCUCCAGGGACAACGGCAUAAAGAAGUGGGAUCUGGAGCAGCAGGAACUCAUCCAGCAAAUCCCCAAUGCCCACAAAGACUGGGUCUGUGCCCUGGCCUUCAUCCCUGGCCGCCCCAUGGUGCUGAGCGCUUGCCGAGGAGGUGUGAUUAAAGUCUGGAAUGUGGACACCUUCACCCCAGUCGGGGAGAUCAAAGGGCAUGACAGCCCCAUCAAUGCCAUCUGCACCAACUCAAAGCACAUCUUCACUGCCUCCAGUGACUGCCGGGUAAAGUUAUGGAGUUACGUGCCUGGGCUCACCCCUUGCCUUCCGCGACGCGUCCUUGCCAUAAAGGGCCGUGCUACUAGUCUGCCUUGACCCUCCUCCUGACUCCUGCUCAUGCACUUCUGUCUUUCCUUUUUCUCCAUCUCUUUCUCCCUCUGCCCUCCUCUCUGUUGCUUGCUCUCUGUCUCUUUUUCUCUCUUUCCCUCUGGUCUGAGCUGCUUCUUCACGGUAUGAAACUAUUUUGCGUUUUUCCCCAGUUCUGAUAAGCCUUUGCCAGAAGUGACCUGUCCCUCGGCCCAGCCACACCCCUCCUUGGCUUCAUUUUUCCUUCCUGAGUGCCCACUUCUGCUGGGGCAGCUCUGUGGCGGCUGUGGCCUGCUUGCACCUUUGCAUGGGUGGUGGGGUGGGAGUCAGCAGCCACCCCUGAAGCAGCCCCCAUUGCCCUGGGGACACCCAGCACAGCAGCAGCUCCAUGCCCUGGGGACACCAGCACAGCAGCUCCCUGUGGUGUCUCUGCUUUGACCUAGUUAGAGCUGAUCCAAAGGGUGCAGGAGCCCUGAUGUCAGGAUCAGCCCGGGAGGUCAGGGUUGCUCUUUGAGCCCAAAUGCUGCCAGGGGAGUGAGCUGGAGACUGAGGCCCCACUGGGCCAGCUCCCUGAACCAGACUGGGACAUCUCCUGCCAAUGCCAAAGGGCCUGGGAUUCUGUUGGGCUGCAUGCUGUGGGCUGGGGGUGGGCACCCUGCUCCUCCUUGCAGUGCCUCUCUGCAGCAUGUCUGGGGGGCUGCUGUGGGCCCCCCUGGGUCACACUGCCCCUCUGGCCUUUGCUCCUCAGCGACCUGACAGUGAAGCUCUGGAGUGGGAGGAGGUUACCUGUGGGAUCAAACUAGGACCUGCAGUCAGACUGGAAGCCCUGGCAGGAGAGGAGGCUGGGGAGAGCUCUGCCUCACUGUCAAGAUCUGGUGAUCUACAGCUCAGCCCAGGGACAGGGAUUUCUUUGUGCCUGGCCCAGGAGGUGGACAAUGUCCCAUCUGGUCCUUCUAACAGUGAAGACACAGCUCCAUGGGACACUGCCAGCUCCACCUUCCCUCCUGCUGAGGUUUCUUGAUGGUUUUCCAGUGACCAAGAAAUGUUUUGUCUCUUCUCACCCACUCUGCUGUAACGGCUGCCAGGAGCAACUUGGCCCCUCCUCAGAGACACUUAGUUCCCUCCUGCCACCAUGGGCUCCUGCGGCCUCCGCCGAGACGUGCUGCUUCUGUCCCUCUUGGCUCUGGGGUUGGUUCUUGCAGGAAUCUUUCUCCACUCCACAGCCAGGAGGACAAUUGGUGUCUGCUGGCCAGGACCACAGCAUAGAGGGCUCCUUCCCUGGAGAUGUAACUCACAGCACAGCUUCACUGCAGAUGGUCUGCAGAAGGAUUUCCAGGUAGUCCUAUCCUUCCUCAUCCUCCAUCCACCUGUCCCCAGCAGCUGGAGGUGUGCACCUCUGGUUUUCUUUGCUCUGGAGGCACAGCAAGCCUGGGAAAAUCUCCACCAGACACCUUCCAGCUAAAUCCACUGCAGUCGCCUUUGACGUUCGCCAAGCCCCAGUUACAAACUCAGCUGACCCACAGCUCCUGGGCUCUUGCCCAUUUGCCCACCCUGCUCUGUGGUGGGGAGGGGCAGGGCUGCUUUGCCCUGCUCUUGACACCCUGGCCUUCAGCAGAGGCUGUGUGGUGGGUUCCUGCAGCAUGUCAAAUGAAGCAAGAAGAGAGGCCACAGAGCAAUGCAGCCAGGGCCCACGCCUGUGCCCAUCUCGUUUUGCCAUCACUGGAUGCUGGAAGCUGUAAAUCCUUCCCCAGGCUCUGCUCUCAGCCCUAGCCCUGGGAGGGGGCUAGCUCAGCUUUGGCCCCCAUGGAUCCAGGAGCCAGAGAGGAACCAGCAAGGCAAAGAACAGCUGGAGGAUGGCCCAGGCUGGAGCCUGCUGCGCUGGGAGCAGCUUGAGAAAGGAGUUUCACACUGUGCUGGUUUGAGGCUGAAACUGGUUCACAGGGCACUGCAGCCACCAGAGGAAUGCACAGAUGUGUGGGCUGCAGGAGAUGUUACCCCCAAGCCUGUCUUGGGGAGGAUGUCUCUCCCCAUUCUUCAGCUGAUUUAGUCUUUGUCUGGCCAGAGGGGUGGGAGGGUGGGGGUAGGGGGGUGUGUGUGUGUGUGUGUGUGUACCAUGUGGGCAUCAGUGUCUGCACCAAGACCUGCCAGUGCUUGACCUGCACCCUCCUGCUGAUCCCUGCUGAAGUCCCUGAGGGCACCUGCUCUGGAGAGGCUCAGGGUCAGACCUGCCUUGCCUUUUGCUGCCAAUUUCUUCCUGUGUGUAGGCUGCAAGUGCUUGCCUCAUUGCCCAGGUCUGAGAGGCCAGUCCUGGACGACACUGAGGACCUCACUGAUGCACCCAGCAGCACCUUGAGGGCUCUUCCAGGCUUCUGCAGCGUGCAGGUGGAGGGAGCUGGGUACAGUGGCACAGCAGCAGCUGUCCAGAGGUGUGUGUCUGUGACGUGAGGGACAAGUGUAGUCCCACAGCUCUCUGUGUGUGUCCCCUAGUGUCUGUAUGGGGUGGUACCUCCCAUGCAGGAGAGCAUUUCGUGCAUGUUUAGCUACCUCAUGGUGCAAGCUGGGUGCUGGUGUCAUUAGGUUUUGUCGGGAGUUUUGUGGGGUUAGUUUUUUCUUCUCUUAAGUAUUGUUAUUGUUAUCAUGUUGACACAUGAAUUCAUCCUGGGGACACAUGGCCUCCCCCUCAUCUUGCUGCAUGUCUGAGCCACCCCUCAUGUCCCACUCCCUGCCUCCUCCUGGGCAGCACAGCAGGCCCAGCAUUCUGCUCUCCUCAUGCUCCAGCUCUCACCUUUGCAGUGAGUCACAGCACUGAGGUCUGGCUCCUGCCACUGCUGGGACACUCGGGCUGAGGCUUGGCCUUGUUACGGUUGAUUUGGGUUGAUUUACAGCCUGAAAGUGAUCUCUCUUGUCCCUCUGAAGGGUGAAAAGGGACCUCUGAAAGGCUCAACUCAGCCUCUGCUCUCACAGAUUCUCUCUGCAGCUGCAGUGGAGCCCUUGUGUAGGCUGGCAGGGCCGGGCAGUGAGCUGACGGCAGCCUGGUGCAGCAGGGAGCUGGUGCUUGACGAGUCUCUGUCCAGGAUGGGGGUGGCCUGUGAGAGAAGCUGAUUCUCAUGUCUAAUGUUUGAUGUUUUCACCCCCAAAAUGUAGCUGAAUCUAGAUUCUGUCCCAGGCACUGAACAUAAACCAGGGUAACCCUGGAGCUCCCAGAUUAGUCCUCUGCUGAGGCUGGGAAGCUGGCACAGGCCCAUUACCCACUCUGGCACAGUGGAGUUCUGGGAAGGGACUCACAGCUCUGAGCCAUGCUGCCGUUCUGGGAGGACAGGUGCCCUCAAAGACUAAAGCACAAGGUCCCAACAUGCUGGGGGUGUAGAAAGGGUGGUGGCCCCUUGGACUCUGGUCCUUCAGAGCUCAGAGUGGGGCCACAGGCUUGGAUACCCAAGGCAGACAUGGGGCUUGGGAUGACAGUGAGGGUGGGCUGCCUGCUGGAGGAAGCAGGUGAAGCUGUUUCAUCCCUUUGCACUGUGCUGGAGCACUCCCCCAGGGCUCAGGACCUGCACCACAGCAUUGCUGCAGCCCUCUGCUGCCUUUGCCCCCUGCACCUUGCUUUGAUUCACCCUUGUCUGCCUUGGUUUGUACCAAGGGUGUGAUGAUACCUGCAGUCCAGGAGGUCCUUCCCUUCCUCAGGUUGCUGCCUGAGGCUUCUGUUCCCAGGUUCUUGCUCCAUGAGUCUUCUCCCUCCAGCACACAGGGGCCAGCUCCAGCCUCUCCUGAGAGCGUAGUGGUGGCCCAGAGCUGAGCUUUGCACAAAAAGGGUGGAGGUGACUCCAGAGCCCCACUUGGCUCCCAAAACACUGUGAGCUCACCCAAGGGAGCCUGGGCACUCUGCCUCCCUGGCACCCAUGGCUCUUAUGGCACAGAAGGACACAGUGGCAGCACUUCUCUCAGUCUGGCCAGCUGCAGGGAGCUGGAGCACCAGGGUCGUCUCCUCCCCAGGUACGGACAUACCUUUGUCCCCAGCAGCUCCAAGCACAGCUGUUCUGGGGGCUCAGAUGCUGCCUCUGGCCCUGGUGCUGCAGAACCAGUGCCUGCUUCCCAGGGUGCUCUCCCAGUGCCCCUAUCCCGGUUCUUUCCCUGUCCCACACUGGAUGGGGUCCAGGUACGAUCCCUGCAACUCCUCCCUCACCCUGCUGGGGAAGAAACAGGUCUCCAGCUCUAGCAAGGAGGGAGCCCAGCACAACCCUCACGCCCUGGCCUGGACUCCUGGGCCUUGUCCCCCAGAAAAGCACAACUCAGCACCUUCCUCCUGCCUCCAGGGGCUUGUCCUCUCCUCCACCCUGCCUCUGCCCCCGGUUACCUGCUGCUCCACACUGCCCGGGGCCGGCCCCGCGGCAGGGCUGGGGCGGCUGCGGCUCUGUCCCCUCCCCGCCGCACAGGUAUCGCCGGAGCCUUCUGCCGGGAGCUGCUUCCCGAGGCCAGGCUCUUGCGAGGGCUUCGCUUGCUCUGUGCGAGGUGCAGCCCAGCCCCGGUCUGGCUCCGUCAGAGGCCGAGGUGUGUAGAUAGGUUUUGUACCUGGCUGUGCUGCUGUACAUAGUGUCGGUUCCGUGGUCCCUGGGCACGGAUUUCAGUGGCUGUGUUUGGUCCUUGCCUUUUUCUCUUCACAAAUAAAACGUCCUGAGAUGAA